AUGACCACUACCCAACGCAGUGAAAGUAUGAACAGUGUGUUACAAAAAUAUAUUAGUUACAAGUAUGAUUUAGUGCUAUUUUUUGAGCAUUUUGAAAGAAUGGUUGACGCUCGUCGUUAUCAUGAAUUAACAAUGGACUUCAAAGCAAGUCAAAGUUACCCUGCAAUGACACUUCUAGUGAAGAUUUUGAAACAUGCUGCGGCCAUAUAUACACCGGCGGUGUUUGAAUUAUUCCAGAAGGAAUUAUGUCGAGCUCAUGAUUGUGCUGUGACCAUUAUUAGUGAAAGUGAGACUAUGAGUAAAUAUGCAAUUACUCCUCAUGGAAAAGUGUAUGAUCGAACUGUUCUCUCUGAAAAGAAUAUCAAGAGCAUUCCUACUCAAUACAUAUUGAAGAGAUGGACAAAGGAUGUCAAAUCUGGGAGUAUAACGGGUGGUUCGAAUUCAGUGGGCACAAAUGAUAGAAAAGUAGAUACGGUCAGGCGCUACAAAGAGUUAUGUAGGUUACAUAUUCAACUAGCAACACGGGCUUCAGGAUCUGAAGAAGCAUACAAAAUUUCUUUGUUGGCUCUCAGUAAUACGUUGAAAGAGGUCGAUGCGAAAUUGAGGGGACUAAAAGUUCAAGAAGAUUUAGAAAACCAAAACAUCUCGCCAGCAGUUGACAAAGAAAUUAAUCUCAAUGCAUCAUUUAAUGUUGAUAAUUAUAAUGUUAGAGGAAUUAAGAUCCGGCCGAAAACAACAAUUGAUACUAGCUCUGUAAGACCCAAGAAUGUUUUGGAAAAAGCUGUAAAUUCAAAAAAGAAGCGGAUUAGUAAGACCAUGGAAUCUCAAAACAAUGAAGAAAUAGUACCAGCUUUUGAUUUCCAAAGCCAAAUGAUGUCGCAAGUCUUUCAGGUACCCAAUGCUUUAGUGAGAAGCAUAAGUAUGGCUAGUACUGACACAGUACCAGCACCAGGACCUCCAUAUGUUAUGCCGGAAAUACUUUUGAAGCAAAUAUCAGUCAUUAUUUCUAUGAGUGUAAUAAUUUUCUAA